AUGUCCGAGAGCAAGAAGUGCCCCGGGGCUCCCACUGGCUCCCGGGUCAUCAAGGUGACAGUCAAGACUCUCAAGCGCAAGGAGCACUUUGAAGUGGCUGACAGCACCGUCGUCCAGGACUUUAAGAAGCUCAUCUCUGAGCGCUUCAAGACGCCCCCUGAGCAGCUGUCGCUGAUUUUUGCCGGUGAGAUCCUAAAAGACCAGGAUACUCUGGGGCAGCAUAAGAUUGGCAAUGGGUCCAAAGUGCAUCUCUUCAUCAAGUCUCAGAGGAGACCUCCAGGGGGCCCUGUGCUGCCACCAGGAAAUGCCACCUCCAUCGCCUUCCUGCAAGUGCCACCUAGCCGGGAGGCCUCGUCAUCAGAGCACAGCCUGGACCUGUCCGAGUGGAAUGGCCAGCCGGAGGAGCUGAUGGCCUCCUGUCAUGAGCUCGUUGCCCAGACCAUGGAGAAUCUCUUGCUUCAGAUGAUGACACUGAACCUGGAUGGCUCCACCUUGAACAACAACCCCCUUCUCUUGGGCUUCCUCAUCGGGGUCACUGGCAUGAAUGUUUUGGGCCUCAACGCCACGGAUGUGUCUGACUUUGUGGGCGAGGCCCAGGACCAGGAUGUGACCCGACAGGAGCUGAUAAGUGAAGUGCUGCAGCAGCCGUUUGUGCAGAACCUCUUUGGCGACACCGAGCAGGUCAGACAGAUGAUCAUGUCCGUUCCUCAGAUGCAGCAACUGGCAGAGCAGAACCCUGAGAUCAGCCACAUCCUCAACAACUCUGAGUUCCUGCGAGAAAUGAUUGACGUGGCCACCAGCCCAGCAGUGAUGGACGAGAUCAUCAGGAACCACGACCGAGCUCUGAGCAACCUUGAAAGCAUCCCGGGCGGGUACAGUGCCUUGCAGCAGCUCUACAAUGACAUUGAAGCACCGAUGCUGAACGCCGUCCAAGCACAGUUCCAGGGCAACUCGUUUGCCCCAUCAGAGAGCAAGCCGCCAUCGGGGGGGAUCAGCCCUCUGGCCCGGACAGAAAACAGGGAGCCUCUGCCGAACCCCUGGGCUCCCCAGUCCAACAGCAGCGGUGAUAAUUUCUCUAACAGUGACAUCAACGGCGCCAGCAAUGGUGCAGGGCAGGGCUACAUCCUGCUGUCCUUAGGUCCUGGAGUCAGGCCUGGGCUCAGCAAGUCUGAAAGCAUCCAGAACAUGGUGCACCAGCUCACAGAGAACCUGGAGUUCAUGCAGAACAUGUCCACCGCGCUUUCUAAGCCGGGUGGCCCCACACAGGCAUUCCUCAGCCACUGCAACUCCCCUGCGAGUAACGACGGCCCCCCACCUCAAGGCUGGGUGCAGCACCUCCCUCAGAAACUGGCCCGGUCAGAGGCUGCAGCACUGCUGACUAACCCCAGAGCCCUCCAGGCACUCCUUCAGCUGCAAAUGAGCCUGCUGACUCUAACGAGAGAAGUGCCCGAUUUCCUCCAAGCCUUGACGGACCCAGACGUCGAUCCUGAAAGCAUGGAAGACUCUGACGACGGAGAAAGCCUGUCCUCAGAAGCAGGGAGCCUCAUCUCAGCUGACGAAAGCAGCGGAUCCAGAGCAGAUAGGGGCGGGGGAGGAGAGGAGGAGGAGGAGGAGGAAGAGAUGGAUCAGCAAGCUCCAGGGGUCCUCUACCAGACGCAGCUGGAGCAGCUCCGGGCCAUGGGCUUCCCGAACCAGGAACUGAACUUGCAGGCUCUCAUUGACACAGAAGGAGAUAUUGGUGCCGCAGUUGAAAAGCUAACAAACUCUCGUGCAUCCUAG